CAAUCUUUUCCCUCUAUCGGCGGUGAACUGUAAUGACAUGCAGUAAUCACCAUCAGGCGCUAGAGGGCACUUUCAGCGAAAGCUGAUAGAACAAUUCAACAAGGGCCGCUUUAACCCAAGGGAAAAAAACAGCCGAAAAGAGCCGACUGUCUCCGGGCUACCUGCAGCUCGAAGCGGCCGGAGCGGGGCCAUGGCGUCGGAGCCGUGUUCACAGAUAGAAGCCGAGCUCUAUUUCCUGAUCGUCAGGUUCCUGCAGUCGGGGCCGUGCAGGAAAUCAGCACAGACCCUGCAGGAGGAACUGGAGGAGUUCGAGAUCAUCCCCGAGCGCUGGAGCUGGGACGGGAAACGCUACAAGAGAAACUUCCAGGAUUGGGUGGCACUGAAUCGGCACAUUCCGGCAGAUUACCUGUUGCGUGUGUGUGAGCAGUUGUGUCCAUUAGUGGACAUACACGUCCCUCCGAGUGUCCCUGGACUCCGCAGUCUACUGGGGAGCGGCCGACAGUCUCUACUGCGUACUGCAAAGAGUUCUUCUCACAAAGUAUGGACAGGUUCAGCUGUAGCCGCUCUGCACAGGGGGCGGCCCCCGGAACCGCCAAUCAACUCGCCCAAACCGCCAAAUCUCGUGUCAAUAAUGGGCGGUCGCCAGGCAACCGGGGUUGCCCGAUUGGGUCACGCCCUCCCGUCCUGCACCUUCCAGCACAUGAAGAUGCACAGGAGGAUUCUGGGACACUUGUCCUCUGUGUACUGCGUGGCCUUUGAUCGAACGGGUCGCCGCAUCUUUACGGGUUCAGACGACUGCUUGGUGAAGAUCUGGGCGACGGACGACGGGCGUCUCCUGGCGACGCUGCGCGGCCACGCGGCUGAGAUUUCGGACAUGGCGGUGAAUUACGAGAACACACUCAUCGCUUCGGCCAGCUGCGACAAGAUCGUCCGUGUGUGGUGCCUCCGAACCUGUGCACCAAUCACUGUCCUACAGGCUCACACCGCCUCCAUCACCUCCAUACAGUUCUCUCCAUCCGCUUUCGGGUCCACUCGCUAUCUCGCCUCGACCGGAGCAGACGGCAUGGUCUGCUUCUGGCAGUGGAACAGCCUCACCAUGAAAUUCUGUGACAGGCCGGUGAAAUUCGCCGAAAGGUCUCGACCUGGAGUUCAAAUAUCCUGUUGCUCCUUCAGUACCGGUGGGAUGUUUCUGACCACCGGAGGGACAGAUCAUGUGAUCAGGGUGUAUUACCUGGGUGGAGAAACCCCUGUGAAGUUGUCAGACCUGGACUCGCACACCGACAAAGUGGUUGCCGUGCAGUUCUGCAACAACAACGACAGUCUACGCUUUGUGAGCGGCAGUCGGGACGGGACGGCGCGGAUCUGGCACUACCAGCAGCAGGAGUGGAAAAGCAUCACGCUAGACAUGAGCACCAAGUUGCCUGGGAGCUCCACAACGACAGGGGAGGACAAGACCACCAAGCUGGUGGUUACCAUGGUAGCAUGGGACCGCAGUGACCGAACGGUUGUCACCGCAGUUUCCAACUUUCUCCUCAAAGUCUGGAAUUCCACAAACGGCCAGCUGCAACACGUGCUCUCGGGUCAUGACGAUGAGGUCUUUGUCCUGGAGCCUCACCCCUUCGACUGGCGCAUCAUGCUCUCGGCCGGCCAUGAUGGCAACAUUUACAUCUGGGACCUGAGCAAAGGCAACAAAAUCCGUAACUUCUUCAACAUGAUUGAAGGUCAGGGUCACGGAGCGGUGUUCGACUGCAAGUUCUCGGCCGACGGUCAGCACUUUGCCUGCACAGACUCGCACGGGCACGUGCUCAUCUUUGGCUUCGGCUGCAGCCAACCCUACGAGAAGAUUCCAGAUCAAAUGUUCUUCCAUACGGAUUUCCGCCCUCUGAUCCGCGACUCCAAUAACUACGUCCUGGACGAGCAGACGCAGCAGGCGCCGCACCUCAUGCCCCCGCCGUUCCUCGUGGACGUCGACGGGAAUCCGCACCCUCCAAAGUUCCAGCGCCUCGUACCCGGUCGGGAAAACUGCAAGGAGGAGCAGCUGGUGCCUCAACUAGGUUACAUGGCUAACGGUGAUGGAGAGGUGGUGGAGCAGGUGAUCGGCCAGCAAACGGCGGACGAGGGUCAGGAAGAUAGCCCCUUGGACAGUUUGAUCCGGCAGCUUCAGCACCAGCAAGACGAGAACCUCAACUCAGGAAACCAGGAUGCAGGUGGUGAAGCAGCGGGAGGUCCUCUGUCACCCCCUAAUGUCGGCCUGCGCAGGACUGGUCAGGUGGAAGGGGUUCGACAAAUGCACAACAACGCCCCCCGCAGUCAAAUGGCCACGGAGAGAGACCUACUUGCAUGGAGCCGCCGUGUGGUCGUUAACGAAAUCUCGCUAGGGAUCUUCAGAGUAAUGGAGAAGUCUCGACUGGCUAAAGGAGAACUGGAGCGAUCUCUGUACACCAUGGAAAGGAAGAAAAAACCUGUCCAUUCUACACGAACGGAGCCGGUUGAUGUUUCUUUACGCUCCUUGCGAAGACCACAGAGAAAACAGCAGCAGAAAAGACACGCGUAUCACACUCGUUCGGCGCGGGAAAGGAGGCGGGCUCGUACGCUAAGUGACACGCGGGAGGACAGUCUCAGCGAAUCAGACAGCGAGGCAGAGCAGGAGGAGGAUCAGAACGAGAACAGCAACGCGUCCUCUGAAAGCGAUGCCCAGUGGGAAAACGCAAGCAGCUCAAGUGACUCUUCCAGCGAGUAUUCUGACUGGACUGCGGACGCCGGUAUCAACCUCCAGCCGCCCAAACGACCGGUCAGACGGCCGGCUCGUACCAGGAGCAGCAGCUCGGAAGAUGAAGGGGAGGAACGAAGAGAGGGGGAGGAGCGUCGCAAGAAGAAGGAGGAAAAGGAGGAGGAGAAAAAAAAGAAGCCCAAACAAACUAAACAGAAGGCGGUUCCUGCCGGUGAGCUUGAACAGUGGCUUCCCCCGCCCUGGAUAAUGGAGACCAUACCCAGACGAUCUCCAUUCCUACCUCAGAUGGGGGACGAGUUGAUAUAUUUCCGGCAGGGUCACCAGGCAUAUGUGCGGGCGGUGCGUCGUGCCAAAGUCUACAGCAUUAACCCUCAGAAACAGCCCUGGAACAGACUGGACCUCAGGGAUCAGGAGUGUCUAAAGGUGGUGGGUAUAAAGUAUGAGGUGGGUCCACCCACACUGUGCUGCCUCAAACUGGCCUUCUUGGACCCACUCUCAGGGAAGAUGACCGGCGAGUCCUUCAGCUUGAAGUAUCAUGACAUGCCUGAUGUCAUUGAUUUCCUGGUGCUACAACAGUUUUACAAUGAGGCCAAAAAACGCAACUGGCAACCGGGUCAGCGGUUCCGAAGUAUUAUAGAUGACGCUUGGUGGUUUGGAUCGGUGGAGAGUCAGCAGCCGUACCAGCCAGAAUAUCCAGACAGCCUUUUCCAGUGCUACAUUGUCAGGUGGGACAACAGUGAGAGAGAGAAAAUGAGCCCAUGGGACAUAGAGUCUAUACCUGAAGAAGCUUCACUUCCGGACGAGGUAGGUGACAGCGUCACAGUAACGGAGGAGGAGCUUCAGUCGCUGCUGUACCAACCGCAGGAUGGCGAGUGGGGCGCGCACACACGUGACGAAGAGUGUGAGAGGGUCAUCAAUGCUAUAGAUCAACUUUUCACACUGGAUAUAGCCAAGGCGUUCUCCUGUCCGGUGGAUCUGAGGGAUUAUCCCCUCUACUGCACUGUGGUGGCAUAUCCCACUGACCUCAGUACAGUCAGACUGCGACUUGUACACCGCUUCUACAGGAGAAUUUCUGCGUUGAUGUGGGAGGUUCGCUACAUUGAGCACAACGCCAGAACGUUUAACGAGCCUCACAGCCCCAUCGUCACGGCUGCCAAGUCUGUCACUGACAUCCUGCUGCGCUUUAUUGGGGAUCAGAGCUGUACUGAUAUCUUGGAGCUUUACAAUAAGGUCCAGACUGAGCUCAGCAGUGCUGCUGAAGAAGAGGAGGAUGUUGAUGUUGACUCUGACACUCCAGGCACAUCGACUGGCCAGACACACUGCGGUCAAUUGUCUCAGAAGCGUGGCGUGUUGCUGGACGCGCACGUGUGGUACACUCAGUGUAGAGAGCUGAUCGGGAGGAUGAUCGCCAGCUCCGACUCCGAACCCUUCCGUCAACCCGUGGACCUUUUCACCUACCCGGACUACAGAGACAUCAUAGACACGCCGAUGGACCUGGGCACAGUGAUGGAGACGCUAAUGGGGGAGAAUUACGAGAAUCCCAUGGAGUUUGCCAAAGACGUCCGGCUCAUCUUCAGUAACUCCAAGGCAUACACACCCAACAAGAAGUCCCGGAUCUACAGCAUGACUCUUAGUUUGUCUGCGUUCUUCGAGCACCAGAUCAUCUCAAUCAUCUCGGACUACAAGGUGGCCCUCCAGAACCAGAGACGCUGCCAACAGAGACUCAGCUACAGCAAGAGGCUACAAAGUGCCGUACCAGAGAGCCCCAAAGGGAAGUCCAAGUCAGUGAAGAAAACAAAAACACAUCAACAGCCCAUCAGGACACGCUUACGGCGGCCCUCUGAAGAUUCGAACCUUGCACAUGAUGAGGAAGACAGCCAGCCUUCAUCAUCCUCACUGUCAGCAUCUACUUCCUCAUCAUCAGGUCACUCUGAGAGUAACAGAGUCACACGCAGCAGAGCACUGAGCAGGAGAGCAGAUGCUCAUUGCAACGGGCCAAUGACUAACGGAGGUCGAAGGUCACGCAGACAACCAGGACAGAGAGACACUUCAGACUCCGACAGCUCGGAAUCUUCGUCGUCCUCGUCAUCUUCAUCAUCCUCCUCCUCCUCUUCUUCGACGUCCUCUUCCACUGGGAGUGAAGUAAGCGAAGGCGAGGUGGGCACCUUCGCCGAGGGCGGAGACCACGACUACAGCAAAGCAUCACGUCUCUCCCCGGCACGAAAAAGCAAGAUGGCCGUCACCAGCUUCCCCGCUAACACCAAACGGAAAAGGAGACAACAAGAGGAGGAAGUGGUGAAGAGCUUCAAACGUGCACGUAGAGAACCGAUCCAAGCAGCCCAGAGUGAGGACGAGGAUGAAGACGAGGAUGAGGAGGAUGAAGAGGUCGAAGAGGAGGAGCCUGAGGGGGAAGAAGAAGACGGAGAAGUAGAAGAUGGAGAAGUAGAGGAAGGAGAAGUAGAAAACGAAGAAGGAGAAAUAGAAGACGAAGAGGGAGAAGGAGAGGUAGAAGACGAAGAAGGAGAGGUAGAAGACGAAGAAGGAGAGGUAGAAGACGACGAAGGAGAAGAAGAAGCAGCGGAGGAGCAGGAAGAGGAUGAAGAAGAGGACGAGGAAGAAGAGGAAAUGAUUCCACAACCUCAACUUUCUGCCAGAGGUCAAAGAUCGAGUCAAAGAACAGUAAAAGCGGAACGUGUGAACACACGUAACCAAGGGAGACGGACCGUAGUCUAUAACGAUGACUCGGAGGAUGAAGCUCCCGCCGCCGACCCGCUCAAUCUGGGCACGUCGCGUUCCGGAAGGAUCCGCCGCAUGACCGAGCGAGCCAGGGUCAGCCACCUGAUGGGUUGGUCACACUGACCUUUGACUUUUCAGACUCGUUUUUUUUUUUUCUUUUUUAAGUGACCUCAGACAUUCGGACUUCACUACAGCAAUAAUGCAGGGAUUUUUUUUUUUGUAGUUGUUUAAUGUACAGAUGUUUUAUUUCUUCCUUUUUUCAUUGUUAAUAAUGAGACUUUUGUUUACGACCCUGGAGCUCGUGGUGCUGACUCCCGUCUCGCUCCGCUGUCCGACGAACCAAACCAGCCUUACUGUGGGCCAGAGCAUGGAGGAGUCUGUCUCUCUCUCUCUCUCUCUCUCUCUCUCUCUCUCUCUCUCUCGCUCCUUUUCUCUCUCUCUCUCUCUCUCGCUCCUUUACAUUUCUUCUUUUCAGAAUUCAUUUGCCAACGUGGUGCUUUCCAAUCAAGUCACUGCACUGCAGGAUGAUGGUGCUGUUCUCUUUUUCUCUUUCUUUCUUUUUUUCUCUCUUUCCUUCUUUCUUUAGCCCCCCCCAUGUUAAUAAAUGGUCUGUUUGCCAGAUAAAUACAGGUUUACAGCCCAGAACCAUUCAGAAUAAUGGCUUUAAAAAGUUUCAUCUUCUCAUAUUCCACCCAAGAUUUUCAUUCCCUCAAGCUGUUCUCUCGGAUCCUUCUGCACUCUUUCUUCCUCUUCUUUACCCAUAAAGAAAUCUUUACCUGAUUUAUUUUUUCAUUAUUUAUUUAAAAAAGGUAACCAAAUAAAUUAAAAGGCACCACCAUGUGCAAACAUUUAA